CCUUGAACUACUACACCUAAUCACUGCCACGAAGAAAUCGCAACGUAUUGAGAAGGAUACUCUAAUUCAGUAAUCAUAAACAGCAUAUGGCAGGCACGCGAACAUCAAGACCGCAAGCCAUGUUUGACUCUCCGAUCUAUACCCAUUUCUACGCCGCAUAUUUCCCGAUUCCUUUCCUUUUCUUGCGCACAAUCAUGUACAGCGUAGAAGUUGACAUCAGCAUCAUCACGCUCGUCUCCUCCCAUCGACUGCGCAGGUAUCCAAAACUGCAAUAUGCCAUGGCUAUAGUAAGAUACAUAGAACGAGCGUUUUUUUCCCGUACGUGCAUUCAUCCGAUGUUUCUUUUCCUUCUCCUCAUCCCCUGUCGCUUUGUAUGGGACAUAUAAUGGCAUCCACCGGUACGCAUCUUGUCCGGCCAAACGGAACUGGGCUCCUUCUGGGUAGUGAUAGCUUUCAAGUCCGUUGCCACCGUAGCCACACGUUCUUACGUGU